GGCGGGCUCAAGGGCUGGGCGCAGGCCGCGGCUGCCAGUCGGCGCCGCCCGCAGCCGGGAGCGCGGCCGGAGCGAGGCGCGGGCUGUGGGGCCGCCGCGAACCCGGCCCCGCUUGCCCGUGCCCGCCCGCCAUGCCCGGCUUUGACUACAAGUUCUUGGAGAAGCCCAAGCGUCGGCUGCUGUGCCCGCUGUGCGGGAAGCCCAUGCGCGAGCCCGUGCAGGUUUCUACCUGCGGCCACCGCUUCUGCGACACCUGCCUGCAGGAGUUCCUCAGUGAAGGAGUCUUCAAGUGCCCUGAGGAUCAACUUCCUCUGGACUAUGCCAAGAUCUACCCAGACCCAGAGCUGGAGGUACAGGUACUGGGCCUGCCUAUCCGCUGCAUCCACAGUGAGGAGGGCUGCCGCUGGAGUGGGCCACUUCGCCACCUACAGGGCCACCUGAAUACCUGCAGCUUCAACGUUGUCCCCUGCCCCAACCGCUGCCCCGCCAAGCUGAGCCGCCGGGAUCUGCCCGCGCACCUGCAGCACGACUGCCCCAAGCGGCGACUCAAGUGCGAGUUCUGUGGCUGUGACUUCAGCGGGGAGGCCUUUGAGAGCCAUGAAGGUGUGUGCCCGCAAGAGAGUGUGUACUGUGAGAACAAGUGUGGUGCCCGCAUGAUGCGGCGGCUCCUGGCCCAGCAUGCCACCUCUGAGUGCCCCAAGCGCACCCAGCCUUGCACUUACUGCACCAAGGAGUUUGUCUUUGACACCAUCCAGAGCCACCAGUACCAGUGCCCGAGGCUGCCUGUGCCGUGCCCCAACCAGUGUGGCGUGGGCACCAUGGCUCGGGAGGAUCUGCCGGGCCACCUCAAGGACAGCUGUAGCACUGCCCUGGUGCUGUGCCCAUUCAAAGACUCCGGCUGCAAGCACAGGUGCCCUAAGCUGGCAAUGGCACGGCACGUGGAGGAGAGCGUGAAGCCACAUCUGGCCAUGAUGUGUGCCCUGGUGAGCCGGCAACGGCAGGAGCUGCAGGAGCUGCGACGAGAGCUGGAGGAGCUGUCCGUGGGCAGUGAUGGCGUGCUCAUCUGGAAGAUUGGCAGUUACGGGCGACGGCUACAGGAGGCCAAAGCCAAGCCCAACCUCGAGUGCUUCAGCCCCGCCUUCUACACGCAUAAGUAUGGCUACAAGCUGCAGGUGUCUGCAUUCCUCAAUGGCAAUGGCAGUGGUGAGGGCACACAUCUCUCGCUCUACAUUCGCGUGCUGCCAGGUGCCUUUGACAAUCUCCUUGAGUGGCCCUUUGCCCGCCGCGUCACCUUCUCCCUGCUGGAUCAGAGCGACCCUGGGCUGGCUAAGCCACAGCAUGUCACUGAGACCUUUCACCCUGACCCAAACUGGAAGAAUUUCCAAAAACCAGGCACUUGGCGGGGCUCCCUGGAUGAGAGUUCUCUGGGGUUUGGUUACCCCAAGUUCAUCUCCCACCAGGAUAUCCGCAAGCGAAACUAUGUGCGGGAUGAUGCAGUCUUCAUCCGUGCCUCUGUUGAAUUGCCCCGAAAGAUCCUCAGCUGAGAGCAGACCCAGCUAUAGGAAAAAGGGGGGUGGGAAAUGACCUCCAUCAGGCAGGCUGAGCCUGGAGAGGGGGCCGGACCCCCUUACAGCUGCUUCUGCUGCCUAGGUUCUGCUACCCUGUUCCCCCUCCCUCCUUCCCUACCACCCUCAGGUGCCUCCUUUUGGUGCUUCAGCCCUGGCCUCUGGGAAGAGCAGGUCUUAGGGUCAACAAGGGCUUGGAAACAAGCGAUCCCGGGGCCUGUUGCCUGGGAUCAGGGCAGACAUGCCUUGGUGCCGGCCACACUCUUCCAGGGACUGAGGUGCCUGCUGGUGCUAUGUCCCAAGAGCCAUAGGGGGGAGGGGGAGUUGGGAAACUGAGGGGUAGUUAAAGAAUCUGUCUUGAGAUCUGAUGUCUCCUUUCCCCAGCUGUGUCCCCUCUGGUUAUUUAUUUACUUAGUGCCAGAAGGGCACAGCAGGGGAGCCCUGAUUUUUAAUAAAUCCUGACUUGUAUUUAUUAACUUGGUUCCAGCCUGACUCAUCUGGGUUGCUUAGGGCCCAAUUGUGAAGUCAAGGGACCAGUCAGGGACUGCAACUGCUCUGGCCCCAGAAUCCAGCUGCACUGCUGGAUCGCCCUCUGGUGGAAGACAGAGGGACUGCACUAGGCUUUGUGUGGAGGACAUUUGUCUGCUGCUGCCCUCUAGUGGUUAGAGGAGAGAGGUGCAGGCUCUGGACGUCUUAAAGGUUUAGAGUCUCUCUGAUCGAUACCCCACCAAGGACUAGUGCCUGUGCUGUAGGCAGGUCUUCCUUGGUCUAAUGAUAAUAGCUACCAUUUAUUGAGUACUUUUGAUGUGGCAGACACUGGUAAGCACUUUAUAUGCAUUAUUUCUUUUAAUACAACAGUCAAGUGAAAUAGCUUUUAAUCAAAGGACCUAUCUUAGUGGGCUGUGGUGAAGACAAUGCAUGUUCCCAGUAAAAAUAGUCGGUCCUUUGUAUCUGUGGGUUCCACAUCCUCGAAUUCAAUCAACAGUGAAUUGGAAAUACUUGGGGAAAGUUCCAGAAAGUUACAAAAAGCAAAAGUUUUUGGCCACUCAUGGGCAAAUCUACAUAGUAUUACAUUGUAUUAGGUAUUAUAAGUAAUCUAGAGAUUAAAGUAUACCAGAGGAUGUAUAUAGGUUACAUGCAAAUCCUAUGCUAUUUUAUAUCAGGGACUUGGUGAAUUUCUGUAUCCGCUGGCGAUUCUUAAACCAAUUCCCUGUGGAUACUGAGGGAUGUCUGUGAGUGCUUUAUGAAUGUUAGUCUAACUCCAAAGCCCAGCCCACACCCAGGGACUCCUAAACUGUGCACAGGAGCCUUCAAAUUUUCUCAUCCAUACUUACUUUUCAUACAGGCCUCAAUGGGUACCUGUGAUUAUCCACAUUUGCCUGGUGAAAUAGGAACAGAGGAGUGAAUUGACUUCAGUGAUCUUUCAGCUAGUUUGGGGCAGGGCCUGGAUUUUUUUCCCCCCUGUCACUGGAUUCUGUUUUAAGCUCCAGCAUUCACUAGAAGAUUAGCUUCCUUUAAUUUUGGCAGUAGAUUUGGUUUUGGAUCCUUGAUGUGCUUGCUUUUUUGGCAAGUUAUUUAGCUACAUGGGGCAUCCUUACUCUCACUGGUAAAAUUAAAGUAGUCCUGCUGGAUUCAUAAAGAUUAACUAACUCAUCAGCAUAAAGUGCCUUACUCUUGCCUGGCCCUGAGAAGAGGCCCAGUGUAUGGGAAGUAUUGUUUAGUAUGGAGAAGGUUCAAGGGCUGUAGCCUGCCUUUUUUUACUUCCCAGAGACUCAGGUGAAAAGAGCCCUUAUCAGAAGGUGAUAGGAAAGGUCUGAACCUGAGACAGCCAGUCCGGGGAACCAACCAACUUAGCCUUCAAAAGGUCAAAUUCACUGAUGUAGGGAGAGAUGAAGCCCUGGCUGCCUUGCUGAGAAAGUAAAGAUGGCUCUUUCAUCUAAACUGUCUGGGUACUGUGAAGCCUGGAAGCUGGUAGAGAAGACCAUGGGCUCUAGCAGGGGAAAUGCCUUCACCUGAGCACGGGCUUCACGCAGCAACAGGUAGAACCACUCUUCUGCAGAAGCCUUCCAAGAGAAGCCAGACCCCCCUGGAUCAAGCUUGGGCUCCCUCUGCUGGCAGCACUGUGCCACUGCACCAUUCCAGGUGGUAGGUUCACAAAGAAGGCUGGUGCCGCCUUCAGUUGCCUGCAGUGGAUAUUGCGAUUGACUCCAUACCCAGGCCUAACCCUCAUUCAGUGCCUUUGCAGGCAGUCAUAACUGCUUGUGGAACUCAGGCCAGAUUUUGCCUCACAGCGUGAGCUGGGCUCAACUCAACCAUCUGCUCUGUCUAGCCCUGUGACCCUAGGCUGACUGCAGGUCUCAUUUGACACGGGCAGAAGAGGGCUUUCUUUCACAGGGAUGGGAUGAGGAGUAAAGGAGGCAAAGCACCUUCACAAAAGGGCACCCCACAGAAAAGGGCAUGCUCAGGAGGGUGCUUUCAACUCGAGCCGCCACCUAACCAUCUGAUUCCACCUUCACUGAGUCCCACAACCUGUGGGAUCUUUCCUUCCCUCCAUCACAUCUUAGCCCAGACCCAAACGCAGGAGAAAGGGGAGGA